CAGGUCUCGGGCCCUCAGGCGGAGCGGCUGGCGCCGGACCCCCAGGUGGAGCGACAGGUCUCGGGCCCUCAGGCGGAGCGGCGGGCGCCGGACCCCCAGGCGGAGCGACAGGUCUCGGGCCUUCAGGCGGAGCGGCGGGCGCCGGACCCCCAGGCGGAGCGACAGGUCUCGGGCCCUCAGGCGGAGCGGCGGCGCGCCGGACCCCCAGGAGGAGCGACAGGUCUCGGGCCCUCAGGCGGAGCGGCGAGCGCCGGACCCCCAGAUGGAGCGACAGGUCUCGGGCCCUCAGGCGGAGCGGCGGGCGCCGGACCCCCAGGUGGAGCGACAGGUCUCGGGCCCUCAGGCGGAGCGGCGGGCGCCGGACCCCCAGGGAGGAGCGACAGGUCUCGGGCCCUCAAGCGGAGUGGCAGGUGCCGGACCCCCAGGCGGAGCGACAGGUCUCGGGCCCUCAGG